UCUGGCUCCUUUCUUGCUUCUAGUGUGUGGACAUUGCCGUGGCGUGAACGGUUUUCAUGAAAAAUAAAGCCCAGUGUUUGUAAUUAUUACAUUUUCUAGCCAUGAAUAAGGGUGAUUGAAAUGCUUCUCAUUUGAAAUAUUGUGUGCAGUGUGGUGCAUUUGUAAAGUUUUCUCUUUUGGUUUAACGAGGUUUGGUGAGGAAAGCAAGACAGCGUUUCAAAAUGGUGUUUCCGAAUCUAUAGAACAUCCUGCAUGAACCAUUUCCAGCCCGCCAUUUUAAAUUGCCCAUGUCCUCCUCGGAGCCGAGUGGGGCUCCUCUUCCCUGUCCGUUUGCUGUGCUGCUGUGACAGGGCUUGACCGACGAUGGGCAAGGACGGCGGUAACGCUUUUAUUCUCUCAUCCAAGAAGGCCGCCUGCCGUUACCGCGGCGAGCAGGGGCGGGAGGUCGAGAAGCUGCGCACUGCGUUGGAGGCGGAGAAAAACAAGAGCAGGCAGGCGCAGCGGAAGCUGGCCGUGGAGCUGAGGCGCCUCCGCGAGGCGGCCAAGCAGGAGCAGCAGAAAGCGGAGCGGGAGCUCACCUCCAGGCACGAGCAGGAGAAGGCCCUGGAGCUCCUGCGGUUGAGGGAGGCUCUACAGAAGGAGCGCGAGGCCGAGGUGCGGACCAUACUGCGGCGGAAAGGGGAGGAGCUGCGGGCCGCCGGGAGUGGCCUGGAGAAGGAGCGAGAGUCCGCCCGCAGGCAGGCCCGGGAACUGCAGCGCCAGCUGGCGCGGGAGCUGAUCGGCAAGUCCGGCUCCUCGAGGAAGGGUUGUGGGGGUUGCCUGGGCAACGCGGAGACCUACCGACGGCUGGAGCGGCGACUCCAGCAGCUGCGGCGGGACACGGAUGGCGAGCAGGCCGCCCUCGUCCGACGCCUCGGAGAGGAGCUGGCGCUGGAGAAGAGCUUCUUCCUCCGUCACCUGCUGGAGGCCCACGGCUGGGCGGAGCCGGAGGUGAGCGGCGGCGGAAGGCGGAGGUCCUCCAGCUGCACCCACCUCCUCAGACCCGCCAAGGCCGGCUCGGACUCCGGCAGCGGACGGCGGGUCUCCCGCUCCAGGUCCCUGCCACAUAAGUCGAGGAGCUUUUCUCCACCACCCGAGAAGAAGAGCAGGGAAGCUGUCCUAUACCUGUCCCGCGCCUCCCGCUGCUCCUCCCCAGUGAAGGAGGUGUCUUUCAGCAGCGUGUCUUCGGAGUCGCGCUCCACGCAGACCUCGCCCGCCGAAGGGUGGGCGUCCGUCCUCCAGCACUCCAUCACAGAGUCGGCGGUGUUGGACGAGUCCUCCCUGUCCAAAUGCUCUCUCUCAGACAUGGAAAGCACGAAUGGCACGGAUUACGGAUACCUGGUGCGGCAGAACUCGGAGUUGCUGCGGGCACUGGAUGCACUGGAGAAGACUUGCGCUACGCUGAAGGAAGAGAAUGGCCUUCUGCGCAAAAGCAGCUCCCCAGAAACAGAGGAGAAGGUGAAGAGGCUGAAGAGGAAGAACGCAGAACUGGCCGUCAUCGCCAAGCGCCUGGAGGACAGGGCUCGCAAACUGCAGGAGGCCAACCUCAAAGUGGUGAACGCCCCUGUCCCGGUGAAGGGCGGGGCCGUGGAGCAGUACAAGCGGGCGUUUGCUCGACAGCGGGCGCGAGACCUGGCCCAGCACGCUGACACUCUGCUCUCCAAGGACAAGGAGAUCGCCGCCCUGCAGCGGGAGUGCAGGGAGCUGCAGGCUCGACUGGGCCCAGGGAAGGGUUCCCCUAGCCCCUCGGGGGUCCCGGAGUUUGAGCGCCUCCUGCGGGAGUCGCAGAAGGAGGUGCUGAGACUGCAGAGGCAGCUGUCCGUGUCCUCCUGCAAGGAGCGCGUCCCUGGGAGCGUCCAGGACAAGGCUGCCCCAGAGACCCCGUUGCCUGUAGUGGAUGAAGCCCCAGCCGAGUGUGAGGAGGAUCGAGGUGAGCAGGAGGAGGAGGUGAAGCAGCGGCCGCCAGAGGUCCAGGAGCCGCACGGGGACCAGACUGAGGAGCAGCAGCACCUCCAGUUGCUGGAAAGUGAACUGAGCAAGAAGAGGAAAGAAUGUGAGAGCCUUGAGCAUGAAGUAAGAAAAAGGCAGAAGAGAUGUCUGGAUUUGGAGAGCCGGCUCGAGGAUGAGCAGAGCAGAAAUGAGCGGUUAGAGGAGCAGGCCGAUCACCUGAGGCAGAAGGCACAGCUGCUCGACCAGAUCCAGGUUGAGAAUGAGGUUCUGAGGGACGACCUCUCUGAAGUGACCGCUCAACGCAAUUCAGUGCUCGAGGAGAACCAGAGACUCCGCGCCAAACUGGAGAACCUAGAGCAGGUCCUAAAGCAUAUGCGAGAGGUAGCAGAGAGACGGCAGCAGUUGGAACUGGACCAUGACCAGGCUCUGGCUAUCCUCAAAUUCAAGCAAGAUGAGAUCAAGCGGCUACAGCGGGCUCAGUUUUUUGCCAAGAGGGAACAUGAGGGGGUCGUGCAGAUGCUUGAGUCCAAGGUGCGGGACCUGGAGGAGAAAUGCAGGAGUCAGAGCGAGCAGUUUGGCCUGCUGUCCCAGGAGCUGGAGAGGUUCCGCCUGCACACCGGCAAGACGGACACGGGCGGGAGCAGCUCCGCACUCCCGAACCCUGGCCUGUCCCACCUGACCAAUGGGGUCGGGCUGGGCGGGGAGAGAGACCUGGUGCCAGCCCCCCGCUCUGCGGCCCCCCACCACACCUCAGCCCCAGGCCGGGCAGAGCGCUCACCUGGCACCCGUCACCGAGAGCUGCCAACCAUCAGCACCAAGUCAGGGUCCACCUCCAGCACCCCCAAGUCUGACUCCAAGCACCUCACCCCCAAAUCCGAGUCCCUCCCCCACAGCCCGCGCAAGUCGUCCCCCACACAUGAGGUCGACACGGCCAGUGAGGUGGAGGAGCUGGAUAUCGAUGUUUCCCCAAUUCCAUACCCAGGGAGCAGAGUCGCGGCUAAGCUACAGGUCUUCAUUGCCAGAUACAGCUACAACCCCUACGACGGUCCCAAUGACAACCCGGAAGUAGAACUCCCACUCACAGCCGGAGAGUACAUCUAUGUCUAUGGCGAUAUGGAUGACGAUGGCUUCUACGAAGGGGAGCUGAUGGACGGACGGAGAGGGCUGGUCCCCUCCAACUUUGUGGAGCGCGUCUCCGACGACGACAUGAUGAGCCUGCACCCCCCGGAGACGGGCGAGCUCUCCCACAGCUCCUUCCAGGACAGCAGCCUCCACAGUGAGAAGCACCUCCGCUUCAGCCUCAACAGCUCGGGCAGGGCAGAGCCGCUGCCGCCAUCGCCCGGGCCCGAGAAGGCCCAGGCACCUCUCGCCAAUGGCCUGGACCUCGACGCAGAGGAGCUGGGCGUGGACUCCGUGCCUUACCCGCGAAAGCUGACCCUCAUCAAACAGCUGGCCAAGAGCGUCAUCAUCGGCUGGGACCCGCCCCUGGUGCCCGCCGGCUGGGGCAGCGUCUGGAGCUACAACGUCUUUGUGGACGAGGACCUCCGGCUCAACGUGCCCUUCGGUGCCCAGACCAAGGCCGUCCUGGAGCGGCUGGAUGUCGGGCUCAAGUCCUACCGCGUCUCCGUCCAGAGCCUGACCGACAAGGGCAGCUCGGACCAGCUGCAGUGCAGUCUGCUGGUGGGGAGGGACGUCAGCGUGGCCCCCGCCCAGCUGAAGGUGGACUGCAUCUCCGCCACCUCCGCCAACUUGGCGUGGUUGCCCAGCAACAGCAACUACGUGCACGUAGUGUCUUUGAACGACGAGGAGUGCGAGCUGGUCAGGGCCAGCAGCUACUCCCUCUGCCUCAGCAACCUGGAGCCCAACAAGCAGUAUCGGGUGAAGGUGGAGGCUAGGCCCCACCGCACCCCCUGGGAACUGCCCCUUGAGCGGAGGGAGCACAAGAGCGCCACCACCUCGUUCACCACGCUGAUGGCAGGUCCUCCUGACGCCCCGCUGGAUGUGCAGCUGGAUUUGGGACCCACCCCUGGCAUCGCACUCAUCAGCUGGCUCCCCGUCACCAUCGACGCUGCAGGCACCUCCAAUGGCGUCCGGGUAACGGGCUACACCAUCUUCGCCGAUAAGGACAAAGUGUUAGAGGUGUCGUCCCCGACAGCGGGCAGCGCCUUGCUGGGCCCGUCCCAGAUGCACAUCCUCAAGUCGGCCAGCGAGCUGACAGUGCGGACCAUGUCCCCCCACGGGGAGUCAGCAGACUCUGUGCCCAUCAAAGUCCAGCCCAAACUUAUCGCCAUAGCGACGGGCGUGACCCCUCCUCAAACGUCCCUGCCGGCCGCCUCCAACAUCGGCGCCUCCCUGGACCCCACCCCCCGUGUCACCCCGCCACCGACAGGCGACACUUCUGCCAAACCGCCCGUGCUGCUCCCCUCCCCGCCACUAGAGGCGCUCGCCGGGGGUCCGAAGGCGGAGCCCUCCUACGCCAAAGCCUGGGCGGACCCCUCCGUCCCUGACGCAGACGUCCCUGUCAUCACGCACGAGGUCUCCGCCCCGUCCCAACCCCGCAGCAACCUCACGGUCAGCGUGGCCGUGCCGUCCGGUGCCGACGAGGCCUUAGAGUUCGGCAAAGCCCCAGAGAGCCCGGGAGCCAGGCGGCCGGCCGUGUCCAUCUCCGAAUUCCUGGAAGAGACUCUGACCCCCGCCGAGCCCAGCGCCCCGCUCACCAGCUCCUCCCAGGCCCCUCCCGCCGCCCCCAAGGCCGUCCCGGAGCCAGACCCCCUGAACCCACCCGACACCCACCCUCUCCGCCCCGUGCAGCCCUCCCCGCUGGAGUCAGAGACGGAGGACGAGAGCUCGCAGACCGGGCGUUUGGUGUCCAUCGACGAGUUCCUGGACCCCGACCGGCAGAGACACGACGGCGGCUACGCAAAGAGACGCCAGGACUACGCGGCGGGUCAGAUGGAGCCGCUCAGCGAGUACCCGGCGGAGAGCAGCCGGGGCUCGGACCUGUCGGACAUCCUGGAGGAGGAGGAGGAGGACCUGUACUCCGACCCCCCGGGAGAGGAGCGCAGCCGGGGCUACAGCCUGGGAGCAGCUGCCAGGCUGGACGCGUGGGAGGUGGACAGUGAGGAGGACCUCCUGGAGAAGAUCCUGAAGCUGCCACUGCAAACCUACCAUGAUGCGGAGCUCUUCAGCAUCGCCGAGGUCACUGAGGAAGAGGACAACUGCUUGGAACUGGAUGAGGCCAGCCCACAGGGAGGAGCCAGCUUUGGAGGUGGCCCAAUGGCCAGCAGCAGCUGCUUGAGUCGCAGAUACUACGGCCCCAAAGACCUGCUGACCAGCAACAGGCCCCGCCACCACCUGGGCCUCUCAGCGGACAGUGCCAUGCCAGUCCGGAGCAAACGGAAGCACCGCGUUCACUACGCCGACACAGUGGAGACCAUCAACUACCUGGAUGAGUGUGACUCAGACAGCAGUGUCUACAUCCCCAACAAGGACGUCCAGGUGAGGGUGUCCCAGGAGACCGGGCACAGGACCUACCCUCUGAGGGACGGAGCCAGUCGGAGCGCAGACCGGCUGAGGAGGGAGGCAUUGCUGAGGAGCCAGAUGACCUCCAACCUGGUGUCCUCGGGCCAGUACCAUCACACGGGCCCAAGGGCAGAGGCCCCCGCUGGCACGGGGGCGGAGAUCGACAUUGAGUACGGGACGGAGGACGACGAAGAGGUGGCCCCUUACGACCCCGGAGAGGUGCCGGAGCAGUUGAGCCCAGAGUGGUGGGUCGAGGGCGAGUGCUCGGAGGUCCCGGAGGAGCCGAGCAGCCAUUUCGUCUCAUUUGGUUCCCUCGGGCCCCAAAAGGCUCCGGGUCCUUACUCUAGGGUGCCCCCUGAGGACCUACAUCACGACCACAGGUUAUUCCCGCGGCGUGCCAAACCCGAGCAUGCGGCCAAGGGUUACAGCUCCACGGACAGCCACGCAAGGGAAACUCUUGGCAACGAGGACCCGCAUGUGACUAAGGAUUCCUCAGCCUGGUAUGGGCAGAGCUCGCUGAAGCCGGGGCAUACUGAAGCAAGGCAACCCACAGAUGGCCAGUUGGAGGCAGAGCCUGAGAGGCUGGUUGCCGAGGGCGAGGUGCGCAUUUUCGUGGCUCUUUUCCCCUACGACCCUGCCAUCAUGUCCCCCAACCCGGACGCUGCCGAGGAGGAGCUGCCUUUCAAGGAGGGGCAGAUUAUCAAGGUGUGCGGCGAGAAGGACGCCGACGGUUUCUACCGCGGGGAGUGCGGGGGCCGCCUGGGCUUCGUGCCCUGCAACAUGGUGUCCGAGAUCCAGGUGGACGACGAGGAGACCAGGGACCAGCUGCUGCAGCAGGGCUUCCUGUCCGCAGAGGCGUCCAUGGAGAAAAUAGUGGAAUCUGCCGGUGUUUGGGAGGACAGUGUAGACUCGAGUAGAGAUUCCAGUCUGCCCGCCAGCGGACCCCCGGCCCUCGCCCCCCGCAGGAUGGUGGCCGUCUUCGACUACGACCCCCGGGAGAGCUCCCCCAACGCCGAUGUCGAGGCCGAGCUCAAAUUCAGUGCCGGGGACGUCAUCCACGUGUUCGGGGACAUGGACGACGAUGGAUUCUUUUACGGGGAAGUGAAUGGGCAGAAAGGUCUGGUACCAUCCAACUUCCUGCAGGCCCUUCCUGAGGCUGGGGACGAGUCGUCCAGGGGCCCCGUGGUGGACCAGGGCCAGUCAGAGAGCAGACAGGAGUCCCAGGUGAGCCUGACCGCGUCGGAGGACCAGCCCGCACCACGGGUGGCCCCAGAAGCAGAGUCCCCUCUUGCUCCAGACCCAGCCCCCAGCACCUCUCCCCCUCACCCGCCUCCCUCAGAGAGCCCCAUGCAGACAGACGCCUCUCCCCCAGGCAAGAAGAAAAAGGGCUUCUUCUCCAAAGGGAGGAAGCUGCUCAAAAAACUGGGAUCUAGCAAGAAAGACUGAUUGCCAGGGCAACUUCCCCUUUCUUUCUUUUUUUUUUAAGCAGAAAGCACUUUUUAGACUUUAGUUUUUACUCUGUUCUGUGCUGGUCAUUUAGGACACUAACCAGCCUCUCCCUGAGAUGCGUUGGGGAAAAUGUCGACCAUCUGUGGGGUUUCCUGUAAGCACUUAGUUUGUCCGUUGAGCAGUUUGACGUGGUUCUCACUGCUUUUAUUGAAGGAGGACAUGGCAUUACAAGGCUGUGAAGUUGCAUGUUUAAGUUGGGUACCCUCCCUCUGCCCUUUAACUACUCAAAUCCCUUCACUAGAUGAGCUGACUAUUACUCCUAACUGUCAUGUAGGCUUAUGUCAAAAGCUGGAAUAUAUUUGUGCAUAAUUAUUAACAAUAGAAGCAAUUAAAGAGGUAAAAGCUAGUGUGCCACAUGGUCUUAUAGUAAUAUAACUCAAUAACUACAGAAACACCCAUGGGAGUGUUAAUAUCUGUGUUUUAUGUAUGUGAGUUGACCUGUAAAAGGUUUCUCUGCUAUUAUUCAAUGCCAGACAGAAGAUAUUCUCUCUUUAUUCUUCUUUUGGUUUGUUCACACUUAUCAAGUGGAUUGAGAAAGGAUUGAGUUUUAAAUGGAUCUAAUCUGUUAAGUGGUAAUUGCAUGUUUCUUGUCUAAGGUGUUUUUAAUAAGUGUUUUAAUGUCUUCAGCUUUUUGAAAUUCCACCCUGUUUAUGCACUAUCCGUUUGUUUGAAUCGUUCGGUGUGGCAGUUUGCACAUACAUAAGUGUAGCCAUGUUUGUGCAAAGCAUCCAUGAGCUUAUUGGCUAUGCUUUUCCAUACCUUGAGCUGUCAGAAGAUUGCAAGAUCUUUUUUAGUGUGACAGCACUGAACAUUCAAAAACUUUAGUAUUCAUUGGCUUUCUAAUGAAAACAAUGCAGUGUGAAAUAUGAUUGGUCUUGCCGACAGACUUCCCUUCACUCCCGUGUAUUUAAUUAUAUGUAGAUGUACCGUUAGCUCGUGAAACUGAGACUGUUGUCUUUGCCUUUUUGAACUGAAAAUUGACAUUUUAAGUCUGAAUUGUCAUGGAUGGAAGUGUCAGUACGUGAGCGGCUUGUUGACGUAUGUUGGCUGCUAGCCCGUCAGCAAUCGGCGUUGUCCAAGCAACGUAGUAUGAAGUCAUUCAAAAGCUCACAGGACUUUUAAUGCGGCGACUGUUUUCUCUUUUGGAUUUUCCUCCGUUUUAGGAGUGUGACAUAUUUGUCUCUGUAACGAUAAUGAAUGUUGUAAAAAUGUUUAAAUGGCUUUGAUCAUAGAGGGUGCUCAGCAACUGGGGGAAAAUAUUAAUUACCAACAUGGCCAACAACCCAUGGUUUGGUAACCAGAAACUCUAGUUCUUUGACUUGUUUUAUUUCACAAUAUGCAGUGGUUUAUUUUCAGGAAGCAUUUAACUUGGUAUUGGUUGCCCCUGUGUUGAGGUGUUUGUUUCUUUAUUUUGUAUUUUAAAUGACAGGGCUCUUAUAAAAUCAAGCUCUCAGGUUUAAUGGGUAGUUGGACAGUUUAGCAUUUAAACCACCCAACCCUAACCCUGUACUCGUUUCCUUAGCAUCUGAUUCUUGCCAAACCUUUACUGUUUUACCUGUUAUUGUUUCAACUGCAGAACAGUCAUGAUGGUUAACACUACAUUUUGAUGUUGUGUCUGACCAGAUGCAAAGGUAGUUCAAAGAGACAACAAGUAGUUGAAGCUCAAGGGAAGUAUUUAUUUAUUUAUUUUUUUUGUUUGGGUUUUCCCCAUGCGUCCACAGUGUUACUGAGAGGUCAAUUGUAAAAGACCGUAUGGGUGAUACUGGUUUUACCCUGAAUUAGGUCAUGCGAUCUUCGCCUCUCGCUUUAGUCUCCUUAGAUAGAAAAGGCUACAAAGGGAAAAAGAGCACUUUGAAUUUUCUGAAAACAUAUGUAGUUUAAAUUUGCAAUCUCCAUGGCCUUUAGCUUUCAGUGCUCCCUAUAAUGCUCAGUAGUUAAAUGCUCAGCUGUUAACCUUCAUUGCUUUAAGAAUGUACCAGCCAAAUUGGCCCUGUUACUAUUAGCAUAUGCUAGCCUGCACUGCUGUUUAAAUAGACUUAAAUGAUAGGAACUACACUAGCAACAAUUGAUAUGUAGCCUUAUAUGACCUCUUUUAGUCUUAAUUUGUUGUUUACACUAUAUUUAUAUUAACUGCAUGCAUAAUGUUCUACCCAUAUUCUGCCUUAUUUGUUACAUUAAUGUAUUUAUAGAAUGUCUGCCAUUUUGUUUGCAGUUUUGGUAUGUUUUAUGGUAGCCAAGUAAGGAGCAUGCAAAAUGCAGCAGUUAGACCUGUAUAUAAUGUACAGCGUACAAAUUGUUGUUGGGUUUUGUCUAUGAAGUAUGAUAUUUUUCAUACAGUAGAAAGCAUUUUCCCUUACUGCUGUACAUGUUUUUAAAAACCAGAAUUUUUUUGUAUAUUGAGAUUUUUAUUACCUGUUUUGAAAGCUCAUGUGUACAUAUGGUCCUUUUUGUUAUUGUUUAUCUGUUUUUUGCAUGUCUUCUUAAAAAGCAGUGUUGGUUUCAGAAAUGGUAAUAGUGGAAUUAGUGUACGGAGGAGGCAACUUGAAAGUGUGAAGAUUUCUUUCAGUAUGGAAUCAAUCUUUUUACAUGAAUAAAGUAUAUUUUCACAUAAAA